AUGGCGUCUGGUAAUCUGAGAGCUGAGCUGGAAUGUUCCAUCUGUCUGAACAUUUAUACAGAUCCUGUAACCUUGAAAUGUGGACAUAACUUCUGCCGGGAUUGUAUUGGUCAUGUGCUGGAUACACAGGAGGGGACUGGAGGAUAUUCCUGUCCGGAAUGCAGAGAUAAGUUCCAGGAGCGGCCUGCACUGCAGAGGAACAAAACAUUGCGUAACAUUGUGGAGAAUUUCCUGUCUGCUCAGCCAGAUCAGGAGGAGUCCGGGGUCCUCUGUACUCAUUGUGUUCACACUCCUGUACCUGCUGUGAAAUCCUGUCUGAUGUGUGAAGCUUCUCUGUGUGACAACCACCUGAGAAUCCACAGCAAGGCACCAGAACACGUCUUAUGUGACCUCACCACUUCCCUGGAGAACAGGAAAUGCUCCAUCCAUAAGAUGAUCCUGGAGUAUUACUGCGCUGAGGACUCUGCCUGUAUCUGUGUGUCCUGCAGACUGGAUGGAGAACAUCGAGGACAUCAGGUGGAGACUCUGGAUGAGGCCUCUGAGAAGAAGAAGAAGAAGAAACUGAGGAAUGUUCUGCAGAAACUGAUGACAGAGAGAGAGGAGACGGAGAAAAGAGUCCAGAGUCUGGAGGAACACAGAAGGAAAGUACAAGGAAAAGCAGCUGAUGAAACAGAGAGAGUCCUGGGUGAGAUCUCCGGGCAGGCAGAGCGGACCUCCCUCUACGUGACGGAUAUGAUCCGGGAGCUGGAAAUAAAGAAGGACGAGCUGUCCAGGAAGAUGCGUCACAUUGAGGAGCUGUGUAACACGACGGAUCUACUGACUGUCUUACAGGAAUCACUGGAUGUGGCUGGGAUCUCACACACAUUACACACAGGUAUAUCUGAUAUCAUGUCUGGGGUAAAUGUACAGGAAGGUCCAGGCACACAUGUCUAUCCACAUUCUAGUACACAGGAUAAAGGUCACAUGACUGCUGAACCAUCCAGGCCACGCACCCAACCAACCCCCACCGUAAAACACUCACAGCUCCAGGCUGGAGGACAUAAUAUUGGGGCUGUACAGCAAACAUCAGGGGUGUCGGGGGUUACAGACAUAUUACUGGAUGUGAACACAGCCGGUAAUAAUCUACUUAUAUCAGAUGACAGGAAAACUGCAACUUGGUCAGAUAUAGAUCAGAAUCGUCCAGAAACUCCAGAGAGAUUUCAGUAUUCUCAGGUGUUGAGCAGUCAGAGUUUCUCCUCAGGGCGACAUUACUGGGAAGUGGAUGUCGGGGGGUCGGUGCUAUGGAGAGUCGGGAUGUGUUACCCCAGUAUAGAGAGGAGAGGAGGUCAGUCAUGGAUUGGAGAUAAGAAGUCCUGGGGUUUGGGGAGGUUGGGUAGUAGGUACUCCGUGAGACAUGACAGUAAUCAGAUGCCAUUACGCGGAAAACUCUCCAGUAACAGAGUCAGGAUAGAUCUGGAUUAUGAGGCCGGGCGGAUCUCCUUUUAUGAUCUGUGUGACCCGAUCCGACUCCUCCACACCUUCACCACCACCUUCACUGAGCCCCUCCAUGCCGGGUUAUGUAAGGACCGUCAUCCACAAGCUGGAACAUCGUCCUCCAAUCAUCUCAUCAUCCCCUCCGGCCGUGCAGAGAAGACAUUAUCAUUGGUGGCCAUGAUCAUAAUCAGAAACAUCUUUUCCUUCCAUUGUGCCGUCUACGGCCGGCCUCGAUCUCCACCGAACUCCGUGCCACAUGAGGAGGUGGAGGUGGCCGUGCCCCUGCAGUGCCGGGCUGCAUCGGAGGAGACCGGGCCACAGCAGUGGUGGAGGAGGCUGAGGAAAGAGGAGGUGGGGGGCGAAAGCACAGCAGCCUGCAGGCACACUCUGGGGCAGCGCUGGGGCCUCGGCUGGGAGGAACGAGCAGCAGACACUGGAUUUCAGAGCCCACCACCUCUCCCUGCUGCAUGUGUUCCCACCGCGAGGAGAGUCAAUGGAGGUGUGUGCCUUGAGUCACAUUGUUUGUAA